CUAGAUACCCUUUCCUUCUUUUUUCUUACCGUCCCGUGUUCCUGUUCCUCCGUUCCUCGGCUUUUGGCGGCAUUAUGGCUUUAAAGAAAACACUGCUGUUGGCUGCCCUGGAGGCUGCUGCUCUCGCCGUACCCGCUCCCACAGCCGUCCCAGACUCGAUUGAGGCCCCCAAGGCUGCUAUCACCCCUUCCCCCGUCCUCCGCGACCCAACCAGGACCCUCGACCGCCGCAACGUUAUCAGCGACCUCAAGGGCGAUGUCAAGUCCUACCUCACCGAGUUGGGCUCCAACAUCCCCAGCUAUGUCGCCGAUGGUGUCGCAAACUUCUUCCAGGACUUCCCCUCCGGCACUGCCGUGCAGAAGUCCCUCGGUCUCAGCGACGACCAGCUGGCCGCGCUGCCCACCCAGGUCCUUAACCUGCCGCCCUACGGCAACUGGACCGACAAGGGCUGGAACGUCCGCUUCCACGGCAACGUCUACAAGCAGCCCAACACGACCAAGGAGAAACUGAACGACCUGGCCAACUUCUUCCUUAUUGGUACCGACAUCGAGGACCUCCCCGCUUCGCAGCAGGACCAGGCUCGCAACCUGACGGCCGAGAUCUUUGUCGUCCAGCAGGGCAAUGAGACGGUUCAGAUUCACCUCGAGCCUGCGCCGAGCGCCGGUUCCAGCGGCCAGUCUGGCGGUGGAAAUGCCGUGACGCCCUCUGGCGGCAACCAAACGAUUAUCCUUCCUUACAGGACCACCGGCGAAGGUGAUUAUGACGUUUUCAUGCCGAUCGCCAACACCACCGGUGGACUCAUCGCCGGCAACGAGACCCAGAAGAUCCAACGCUUGAAUGUCUACGCAAACAACAGCGACCUAGGCAACGCUACUGCAUACCUGGUGCCUCCCAAGGGUAUUACUUUCAUCAGCGACAUUGACGACAUUCUGCGUGUGACCAAAAUCUACCAGCCCAAGGAUGGAUUGCUCAACUCCUUCGCCCGGCCUUUUGUCCAGUGGGAAAACAUGCCCGAGAUCUAUGCCAACUGGAGCAGGAGUCUACCCGACGCUCAUUUCCAUUUUUUGACAACGACUCCGGAGCAAGUCACUCGCAACUACAUGGACUUCAUCUACAAGACGUACCCCGGCGGAUCCUUUGACACGCGGCCGCUCAACUUCUCGGAUGUGGACGCGACGCUCAGCAUCCGCCGCUUCCUGCUCGACAAGAUCUUCCAGACGUUCCCGGAGCGCAAGUUCGUCUUGGUGGCCGACACCUCCAACAGCGACGUCAUGAAGGCGUACCCUGCGUUGGCCCAUGAUUACCCGAACCAGGUGCAAUGUAUCUUCCUGCGCAACACGAGCUCGACGGACAGCGGUGACAAGUUCCCGUACGACACGUCUGGUUUCAAGGACCUCAACCAAAAGUCAUAUAUGUUCUUCAGGCACGCGGAUGACCUCAGUAACCUCGAUAUCGAGAACGGCAACUGUUACAACAACUCGAUCCUCCAAAACGUGACGUUCGGCAUCCAGGACGAGGAGCUCGGCAUCCAUGGCGACAGCGGCGCGAUGCCCGCCAACGCCCGCGCGAGCGGUAUCUUCAGUCUCGUCGUUGCGAUGUCGGUGGCGCUAUGGAUGGGACUGUAAUGUGAAUAACAUGGGACGUUGAUGAGUUUCUUUGCGGUUUUUCUUGAUCGGCUUCUAAUGCUGCGUCAUGGCGUUUUGAGGGACUUUGAGCUUUCUAUUUUUUCUGGCUUUCCUUGCAUAGCGUGAGCGAGAGCAAAGGCGCCGCCUGUAUAGCGCUGCGGUGCGGUUGGAACACGACACGGCACGAGUAAAUACGAUACGACCGGACCCGAUCGAGAGGAGGUAACUAUUAGUAUAGCAUUGUACUAGUCGCGUAAUCAGAGAUUGGGCUGGCUGAUUGCUAAG